CCCCGUUCUGCCCCCCCCCAGCUCCCCAAUUUCCUGCUGAAGGUCCCCGACUACGGGCUGUAUUCCCACGACGUGGAGUUCAUCAACCACCACCUCCGGCUGCACACGCGGGGCCGCGUGCUUUACCAGCUGGCCGUGUCGCUGUGCCGGGCCGCGGUUUGGGGUUAUUUUGCCGGGGUCCGUUUGGAGGUGCUGGCGCUGACGAGGCACCCGGAGCUGGGCUGCAUCCGCGCCCGCUGGCGUCUGGUCGGGGUUCCCUUCCACCUCUGCCUGCUCCGCUUCUACCGCCGUGACAAACGGGACCUGCUCAGGUCAGCCGACGGCUCGUCACCUUUGUCACCUCCCUGUCACCUCUGCGUCCCCGUCGGCACCACUGAGCCGGGGUUGUCACCGUGCCUGUUGCCCCCGUUUGUCACCGUUGUGCCCAUUGUCACCUCUGUGUCCGCAUUGUUAACGUGACCCCAUUGUCACCACGUCCCCACUGUCCCCAUUGUCACCUCUGUGUCCCCAUUUGUCACCAUUGUCACCUCUGUGUCCCUACUGUCACCUCUGUGUCCCCAUUUGUCGCCUCUGUGUCCCCAUUUGCCCCCAUUGUCACCUCUGUGUCCCCAUUUGUCCCCACUGUCCCCACUGUCACCUCUGUGUCCCCAUUUGUCACCACUGUCACCUCUGUGUCCUCAUUUGUCACCUCUGUCCACACUGUCAACGCGACCCUAUUUUCACCACAUCCCCACUGUCCCCAUUUGUCACCACUGUCCCCACUGUCACCUCUGUGUCCCCAUUUGUCCCAAUUGUCACCUCUGUGUCCCCAUUUGUCACCAUUGUUGCUUCUGUGUCCCCAUUUGUCACCACUGUCCCCAUUUGUCGCCUCUGUGUCCCCAUUUGUCCCCAUUUGUCACCUCUGUGUCCCCAUCUGUCACCACUGUCCCCACUGUCAUCUCUGUCCCCAUUUGUCACCAUUGUCACCUCUGUGUCCCCAUUUGUUGCCUCUGUGUCCCCAUUUGUCACCAUUGUCGCUUCUGUGUCCCCGUUUGUCACCACUGUCACCUCUCUGUCCCCAUUGUUGCCUCUGUGUCCCCAUUUGUCACCACUGUCCCCACUGUCACCUCUGUGUCCCACUGUCAACGUGACCCCAUUGUCACCACAUCCCCACUGUCCCCAUUUGUCCCCAUUGCCCCCACUGUCACCUCUGUGUCCCCAUUUGUUGCCUAUGUGUCGUCUCCGUGUCCCCAUUGUCCCCA